AUGGGAGAUAUGCUGAAAGAACUUCGAGAGAAAUCUCGCAAAAGGAAAUUGUUGCUUGCUCAAACAUUGGGUGUCUCGGGAGCAGAAGAACUCAGCGAAGUUCUUGGCACUACAGAAUCUUCAACAAAGAAAUCUAAAUCAAGUUUAAGUCAACAGUACCAGGAGAAUGAAAAAUAUGACUAUAAAAAGGAUUCUAUGGAUGAGCUUGUUUAUAGAGAUUCCUCCAUGUUCUUGAAGGGUACACAGUCUUCAAAUCCACACAAUGAUUACUGCCAGCAUUUUGUUGACACUGGUCAACGACCUCAAAACUUCAUACGAGAUGUAGGUCUAGCAGACCGCUUUGAAGAAUACCCAAAACUUCGAGAACUCAUAAAAUUGAAAGAUGAACUGAUUCAACAGACUGCCACACCUCCAAUGUACCUCAAAUGUGAUCUGGCUUCUUACGAUCUGAAGAAUUUGAACGGCAAAUUUGAUGUGAUCCUUGUCGAACCUCCCUUGGAGGAGUACCAAAGGACAAUGGGUGCUGCAAAUAUGCAGUUUUGGUCAUGGGAACAGAUCAUGGCAUUGGAUAUUGGAGAGGUGGCUGCACAGAGAAGUUUUGUAUUUCUGUGGUGUGGAAGUUCAGAUGGCCUGGAUAUGGGAAGGGUUUGCUUGAGAAAGUGGGGAUUUAGGAGGUGUGAAGACAUAUGCUGGAUAAGAACGAACAUAAAAAACCCAGGUCACUCAAAGAAUCUAGAUCCAAAGGCAGUAUUUCAGAGAACCAAGGAGCAUUGCUUGAUGGGAAUAAAAGGGACUGUAAGACGGUCUACUGAUGGUGAUUUUAUUCAUGCUAAUGUUGAUAUUGAUCUCAUCAUUUCCGAGGAAAACGAAUAUGGGAGUCUGGAAAAACCUGUAGAAAUAUUCCAUAUUAUUGAACAUUUUUGUUUAGGCCGUAGGCGUCUUCAUGUUUUUGGCAGAGACAGUACCAUCAGACCAGGUUGGCUAACCAUAGGACCUGAAUUAACAAACUCUAACUUCAAUGUUGAUAUGUACGCCAGCUAUUUCGGAAGCAAUCAGACGACUACAGGGUGUACAGAGAGGAUCGAAGCACUUCGGCCCAAAAGUCCCCCGCCAAAAGGAAAAGGUAACAGUGGUACAAGAGGAAGGGGUAGUUUUCCUAGGGGAAGAGGAAGAGGACGGUAGUAAUGGCGUGAUAUAUGUAAUUUUCUAAGCAAUACAUUUUUUUCAAGAUAUGUUGUUUGUCUUUGUUAUCUCAUUUUGUAACAUAACCACACAUAGAAAAAUGGCAAAAGGAUCAUGCCUAAAGCGUGGCUUCACUUACAAGGUUUUUCUUAUUUAGGAUAAUAGCUUUAUAGCCG